AUGGAGGGCGGGGGGCCCGGCGGGGCCGGCGCGGAGGCAGGGGCGGCCCCCGAGCCCGGCCUCCAACUGGCUCAGUCCAUCCUCAGUAAGUUCGCCCUGAAGUCUCUGUUCGGCCAAGCCCCCGCCGCCGUCGCCGCCCCGGUGUUGAAGACGUUUCGGACCCUGGGGCCAGCGCCGGAUCCGCCCCCGGCGCCCCGCGACGACAGUCCAGCCAGCCCCGGGACCGAGCUGGGCAGCGGAGACGGCCGGGCCGGGCCGGGGGAGACCGAGAGCCCCCAGCCUCCCCGACUCCCGGCCCUGAGGACGAGCGGGGAAGAGGCUGGACGCCCUGCGCCGGACCACGCGGAUCUGUGCGCUGUGCGGGCCGUGCUUCCCGCGGUUCAGGGAAAAAAGGCAGCCCCCGGCGGGAGAGCCGAGGUGGAGACGAGCCCUGCUGCCCCCGCGACGCCUCCCCCGCUGCCCACCCCCCAGCCGCUCGGCGAGGGGAGUCCACGGCCCCCGGAGUCCCUCCGCGGCGAGGUCGUUCAGGCUCAGGAAGACCCACAGUCCCCGGCCGGGGCCGGAGAAGAGGAGGAGGAGAAAGAGGAGGAGGGAGAAGAAGACGGGAGCAGAGACCGCCCGGGCGCCGAAGCGCCCCCCGCGGCCCCCGCCGGCGAGAAGCCCUUUCAACUGCCGGCCUUCUUCAGCGGCCUGCGGGUGCUCAGAAAGGGGGUCCCGGCCGCCCUUGCCGUGGAGGCCGCCCCCCUGGCUCCGCCCCCGCGCUCGCAGCCGGGCCAGAGCCCCAGAGUGGCCCCCGAAGCCACCCCGCCCCGGAAGGCUGGGGAGGCGCCUCUCGACCUCAGGCCUCCCACCUUCUUGGAACAGCUGAGCCACCUGCUGAGCCUCGACGUGCACAAGGCCGAGGCGAAGCAGGAGCCGCAGGACGGGACGGAGCAGGAGGCAGCGGCGGCCGGGGGGGAGGAUGCGGGCAGCUUCCCGGACCCGGACGGCCGCGGGGUGGCCGGGCCCAAGCCCGCGGAGACGGCGCUGGAGGCCUUCAAGGCCCUGUUCACGCGGCCCCCGCGCAGGGGGGCCACCGCGGACGCGGCCGAGCUGGAGGCCAUCAAGCGCAAGAUGAGGCACGAGAAGGAGUCGCUGCGCGCCGUCUUCGAGAGGACCCGGCCGGGGGACUCCUCUACCGACCCCAAGAGCGAGCAGAGCCCCUCCGAGCAGGACGAUCGGACCCCCGGCCGCCUGCAGGCCGUCUGGCCGCCCCCGAAGGCGAAAGACGAAGACGAGAAGGUGGGAUUGAAGUACACGGAAGCAGAGUACCAGGCUGCUGUCCUGCACUUGAAGAGAGAGCACAAGGACGAGAUCGAAGACCUGCAGGCUCAGUUUGAGCUCCGAGCCUUCCGUCUCCGCGGGGAGCACGCACUGGCCACCGCCCAGCUGGAGGAGACCAUCAAGACGCUGCGCCAGGCCCUGACGGCACGGCUGGGCGGCGGCGGGGAGCGCAGCCGGGACGUGUGUGUGUCCACCGACGAGGACCAGCCGCCGAAGACGUUCCGCAGCGUCUUCAUCCAGACCGACCGGGAGACGUUCCUCAAAGGCCACGACGGGGACGGGGACGGUGGCGGCGGGGGGACGGGCAAGGCCGCCCAGCCCCCGCCCAAGAAGUUGACCAUCUCCUCCCUGAACCAGCUCUCUCCGCCGGGGGACGCCACGGACCCGGGCUCUGCCCCCGCCACCUCGGGUCCCCUGCGGUCGCCCCCACCACCCCUGACCCUGUGCCCCCCAGCUCCCCCUCCCCCUCCGGCGCCUCCACUCCCUGCGCCGAUCCCAGCACCCCCUCCUCUACCCCUGAACCCAAGGCCCCCGCCCCCGCCCCCACCGCCACCGCUGACCUCUCCAGCCCCGGGCCCCCCACCUCCUCCUCCACCCCCCCUGCCGUCCAUCCUCACUCCCCCGCCCCCGCCCCCGGGAGCCGGGCCCCCGCCCCCGCCCCCUCUGGGGUUCUUGUCAGGGGGAGGGGCUGCCUCCCGCCAGGCCCCCCGCAAGCCGGCCAUCGAGCCCGGCUGCCCCAUGAAGCCUCUGUACUGGACACGAAUUCAGCUGGGCGCCGGCAGCCUUAGGGAGGCCCCCACGCUGUGGGACACCCUGGAAGAGCCGGAUAUCCGAGACCCCAGCGAGUUUGAAUAUCUGUUCUCCAAGGACACUGUCCAGCAGAGGAAGAAGCCGCUAUCCGAGUCCUACGAAAAGAAAAGCAAAGUCAAAAAGAUCACCAAGCUGCUGGCAGGCAAGCGUUCCCAGGCCGUGGGCAUCCUGAUCUCCAGCCUGCAUCUCGAGAUGAAGGACAUUCAGCAGGCCAUUUUCCAGGUGGACGACUCAGUGGUGGAUCUGGAGACGCUGGAGGCCCUGUAUGAGAAUCGUGCCCAGCAGGAUGAACUGAUCCGAAUCCGGAAACAUUACGAGACGGCGAAGGAGGAGGAGGUGAAGCUGCUGGACAAGCCGGAACAGUUUCUUUACGAGUUGGCCCAGAUCCCGAACUUUGCUGAGCGUGCUCAGUGCAUCAUCUUCCGCUCUGUCUUCUCCGAGGGCAUUGGUGCCGUGCAUCGCAAGGUGGAGAUCGUCACGCGGGCAUCUAAGGGCUUGCUGGACAUGCAGAGUGUGAGGGACAUCCUCGGCCUAAUUCUGGCCUUCGGCAACUACAUGAAUGGGGGAAACCGGACGCGGGGCCAGGCCGACGGCUACAGUUUGGAGAUCCUCCCCAAACUCAAGGAUGUCAAGAGUCGGGACAAUGGGAUCAAUCUGGUGGACUACGUUGUGACCUAUUAUCUCCGGCACUACGAUGAGGAGGCGGGAACCGACAAGAGUGUUUUUCCGCUUCCUGACCCCCAAGAGCUCUUCCUGGCAGCCCAGGUCAAGUUUGAAGAUCUCCUGAAAGACUUGAGGAAGCUGAAGAGGCAGCUGGAAGACAGCAAGAAGCAGAUGGCCGUGGUGUGCAAGGAGUCCCCGGCGGAGUAUCUACAGCCCUUCAAAGACAAGCUGGAGGAGUUUUUCCAGAAAGCCAAGGAAGAGCUCUGCACCGAGGAGAGUCGCCUGGCGAAGGCUCAAGAGAGCUUCUGGUUGACGGUGGGGUUCUUCGGGAUGAAGCCCAAGUCAGGUGAGAAAGAGCUGAUGCCGAGCCACGUAUUUUCCGUGUGGCACGAGUUCUGCAGCGACGUCAAGGCCACCUGGAAGCGAGAGAACAAGAACAUCUCCCAGGAGAGGCUGAAGGAGGCGCAGGCCACCGUCAGGAAGUUAACGGCAGAGAAGAAGGUGGAAACGCGAAGGAUGAAUCCCGCGGCUAGUCUGAAAGAGCGGCUGCGGCAGAAGGAAGCCAGCGUUACCCCAAACUGAGCGAAUCCCCUGCCCCAGGCCCAGCCGGAGACCCCGGGGGCUCAGAGUGGGGCGGCGCGAACCCGGCCGCGAGAAAACGCCGAAACGAACGAAUCCUGGGCCUGGCCUCGCCGAACAACUGACCAUGUCUGCCUUCACUUUCCCAUUCUGUCCGGACUGGGAUGGAGCGGGCGGGCCCCGCCACAGGACCUGCGUCCGGAGCGAGCGUCGCGGCUUGGGGAGAGCUGUGCGCCGCGGUGGUAUCCGUGGGCCACCCUCCGGGCAGGGAGAAGUACACGUAGGCGCUGGCUCCCUCUCCACCGCAUCUCUAGAGCCCAGGCAGCGAAAUAUUUAUGCAGCGUCUCCCCAGGCGACUUCCCUGGACCGAACUCAGGACAAGUGGACGGAACCGGCCCGGCAGCCUUCUCCUAGCCCGCUGGUGGGGACAGCGGCUGCGAUUCCUGCAUCAGAGCCUAGGGGCGGGCAGAGUGGGGGCUGCAGGGGGGUCUAAGAGGGCCAAGAGGGAGCCUGAGUCCCCGCCGCGCCCCGCUUUGGCCCACAGCCCUGGGACUCUCCGUGAGGGGACGAGUCCCGAUCCCGUGCAUGGGUUGCGAGCUGUGGGAGGAGCCCCGCGGGGGACAAGGUCCCGGGAGUUUGGUCCAAGGAGAGGGCAGAGGGUUCCGGGAAGCCGGGUUCCCAGGCGUGCGCCGCGUCAACCGUGUAUUGGAAACCAUGUCAGAUUUCCUUCCGGUUAGGCUCAGAUCUGCCCCUCAAAAAGCAUGAACUUCGCGGCCACAACCGCUGCGCGGGGCGGGGUGAGAGCGGGGUGGGAGCGUUAUUUUUCUGAAAUCAAAGCUCCAUUGGCUUACUCAAAAAUAUUUUUGAAUGAAAUAAGGUCACUGAUUCAGGUAACGAACUCCCUCUGGGUUUUGAAGAUAAUUUCCUCUCCACGCGGACCCCCACCCCAGCAAGCGCCUAUUUAUAUAUCCGUUGCGCGGCCUGCAGAUUAUAAAUUGUGACUGAAGCACUCA